GAACUUGUAGAUUCUUUUGCUCAUGUCAAUAAACAUAUUUUAGAGGAGGACCAAGAGAUUCUCCUGGAAUCAGUGUUAACAACGAAACUAACCGGUAGAGCCCGAGCAGAAGUAAGAUAUAAAAAUAUUCCAAAUUUCGAAACAUUUAAAUCCGUUAUGUUAGAAAUAUUCUGCGGCACGAGAACCGUAGGAGCCCUUCAAACAGAGCUGUAUUCUUGUCGACAGAAAUUUAACGAAUCAGUAAAAGAAUUCGGAAGAAGAGUAGAAGACACAAUGAUGGAAUUAAUUGAUGCAAGUAUAAAAAAGCACUCGACAAUGAUCGAACAAAUGGCGGUAGAAAAGCACAUACGCGAAGUAGCCCUUUCGAGUUUCGCGCAAGGUCUCAAACGCGAAUACCAAACCAUUAUUAAAGCUAGGGCAUAUCCAACACUUAAUGAAGCAAUCACAGCCGCGAUUGACGAAGAAAAGAUACAACAGGGAACUCGAAGAGAACCUGGAAAUAAUACGAUCAUUUGCAAUAGGUGUAACAAAAAAGGUCAUCUCGCACGCGACUGUAGAAGCUCAGGAAAUAGAAAUGAGAAUCAUGGUAACGGAAAUAACAGUUUACCGACACCGAGUCGAAGCAUAAAUUCUUUAUUUUGUAAUUAUUGCAAAAAACCAGGUCACGUAUAUGACGAUUGUUGGAAUAGAAAAAAUAGAAAUGGUAACCAAGGAAAUAAUAGUAAUAAUGGAAAUCAAGAAAAUCGUGGAAAUCAAGGCAACAGAAGCAGAAAUAGAGGUUAUCAAGAUAAUAGACAACAGAAUAACGGUCAAAAUAACAGUCAAGAAAACAAUCAAGAUAAUAACCAAAAUUCGAAUCAAUCGAACAACGGGAAUACGGAAGAAAAGAAAACAAUAGGGUCGCUGAACCUUAGUCUCCUCGCGCGAACGGCUGAGCGAAAAAAUGCGCACGUUAGCUGUGUGGAGGCUAAGCGAGCUACCGGCUCAAAUGCACAUGUCGUGAAACCCAAAACGAAAUUCGUAAUUAAUUCGAUCGGUUCCUGGGGAAUGGCUAGCGACUUUUAUAUCACAUCACCGCACGCAAUAGAUUCAGCUCUCCUCUUGAAAGUUGACACGGGAGCUCAAUGUUGCAUAAUAAAAAGAAAUGCUCUAAGAAAAAAUACAGAAAUAAUCAAUGAAACAGUCGAAUUGACAGGCGUCGGAGGAAAACCCUUCAAUGCCCUAUGUAAAGUAAUCCUCGAAAUCGAAACACCCGCCGUCAAAAUUCUUCAUGAAUUUUUCGUCGUCGAUAACGACGUUCCAAUCAAAACAGACGGAAUAUUGGGACUCGAUUUUAUUAAAAAACACAAGGUCGACAUCCUAGGUGGCCGCAUAAUCAAAAUGUAUGGUCACGUCGAGCCUUUGGUGAACGGUUCGGAGAAACUACAAUCCCGUUCCGAGAGCAUCCACUACGUAAAAGCAAAAAAUUUAGCGGUAGGAUGUUUAUCAGCCCGCAAAAUUAAAAAAGGAGUAAAAAUAGAGCAAGGAAUAGUUCCGGAAAAAAGAAUGACUUCUCCAAUCAUGUUUUUAAAUACCUUAGAUCAGGAAGUCUCAAGAGAAAGGCCGACAGUCGAAAUAGAAGAAAUAGAAAGCGAUCACAAACAAAAACAAAUAGAAAAAAUUGAAGUUAAAAACUCUCCAGGCAAGGAAGAAUACACUUACAGAAUUGAAUAUAAUGAAGGAAAAAGGAAUACAAAUGCUGACGCGCUGAGUCGCAUAUACGCGAUCACGCUCGAUCAGAAUGAAACCACUGAUCAGCUGGAAAAAAGGGGGAAAGAAAGAACGCGUAAAGUCAUGAACGACGCGUUUUCAUCUUCUUCAACAACUACAGCCUCCUCGGAGAAUCGGUCCAUCCCCAAUUAUAAUGGCCGACUUGAUAAUCAACCGAGUGCGGCUGAAGAUAAAAAUGAGAUGCCCAUAGAGGACAGCCAUGAAGGCGAUAACGAGAGUGAAACCGAACACCUCGACUCUGACACGACGAACCUGUCAGAGAAAGACAGAAAAACAAUACUACGAGAGUACCACGACACGGCCCACGGAGGACACCCUGGAGUAAAAAGAAUGACUCAACGAAUUCAAGAAAAAUAUCGUUGGUCAGGAAUGAAAAAGGAAAUAAAGGAAUAUGUAGAAAAAUGCGACAAAUGCCAGAAAAUCAAAGUCAUAAAAUCAAAGCGAUCACCGAUGGCAAUCACCGACACUCCGGAAAGAGCAUUUAACAAGUGCGCGGUUGAUGUAGCAGGACCGUACCCAGAAACAGACCUAAGAAAUAAAUACUUUUUGGCAGCUCAAUGUAUAAAAAAAAAAAACUAA